AUGUUGCAAAUGAUCCAUACCGGGCGUGACGAGCACCGAACCCGAGUGUCUGGAACAUCACACCCUUUUACGGCUGCGGAUCAUGCUUCCGAUGGUAAACGUCACCUCCUCCUAGCAGCCAGUGGAUCCGUCGCAACCAUUAAAAUCCCCAACAUCCUAUCUGCUCUAUCACAUCAUCCCAAUCUCUCAAUUUGUGUCAUCCUUACCAAAUCUGCAACCAAUUUUCUCCAGGGUCAAAGCAUAGAACAACCACAUAUCGAUACUUUCCACCGAUACGCCAACGUGCAAGGUGUGUUCCUUGACGAGGAAGAAUGGAUCCAUCAAUGGAAACGUGGUCAGAGUAUUUUGCACAUAGAGUUGAGAAGAUGGGCACACAUGCUUGUCAUUGCGCCAUUGAGCGCCAAUACGAUGGCUAAGAUUACGGGUGGUUUUAGCGAUAAUUUGCUUACGAGUGUGGUGAGGGCAUGGGAUACUACCGGAGAAGUGGAAGCUUCUACUCAGAAUAGUAUGGAUACGAAUGGAGAGACGGUUUUCAGCGGCAAAAAAAGAAUAGUUGUAGCUCCGGCGAUGAAUACCGCUAUGUGGAGACAUCCAGUAACGAAGAGUCAAAUCAAGAUCUUGGAGCAGGAAUGGGGUAUUGGUCCUGGUGGGGAUGAGGGCGAGGGAUGGUUCGAGGUUUUGCGACCUCAGGAAAAGGAGCUCGCUUGUGGAGAUGUAGGGGAUGGAGCCAUGAAGGAUUGGAAGGAGAUUGUGACAGUAAUUGAAAAGAGGCUAAAGCUGGAAGCAUAA